CCUUGGAAGGGAAGGGAAGCCAAUCACCAUCAACUUUGAUUAAACUCGCAGUUCGUUGGGACAUCGCCAUAAUUACAGCAGACCAUUUGAUCUCCACAAGCAUUAAACCUUAAGCAAGCAUCAACGAUAUAGCGUCAGCAACGUCCUCUUCCUAUAAAUUCUGAGCAACAGGGGAGAUGGAGAAAUAGAGCCAGCCAUGGAGAUCAUGGAAAAGAUUGGAACGAUCCAAGGCCUCGGGGGAGAAGCCAUGUACUGCGUCAUCGUCGCGUGGCUCUCAAUCGUCUCCUGGAUCAUAUUCUCCUGCGUCGUCGACGACGAUGACUCCAGACGCCGGCCCCGGAAGCGCCGGCAGUGACUGCGGCGAGGCCUGCAAAGUGUGCGAAGCACGUAACUAAAAGCUCGCCCCUGUUUAAAUGCUUUAUAUAUAGCGAAUACUACAAUUUGCUAAUUUUAAUCUGUAAUCAUGGCGAGAACGAUAGGAGCUCUUCUUCUGGAAAAAAAAAAUACAAUUGCGAACUGGUCAGAUGAUUGUUAAAAGCUAUACUGUAAAAAUAGAAUGUUCUUUUAUUAGCUCUCGCGAACGAUCAUGGCUUCCUCUGUUCCCCGACUUGUGCGGCCCCAGAAGCCCCCUCCUCUUCUAUUCCCAUUCCUCCAUUUCUCUCGUGGCCUCCCCAUCUAUCUCUUCCUUUCUCCCUCCGUCUGGCGAUAGGAAUUGAAGAGAUGGGUUUCAUUCGGAAGGUUUCCCUCCCCGCUGUUCUUCUCGUCGUCGUAGCGCGAAUAUCAGUGGCCGCUUCUGCCUUCAUCUCAGAUAAUGCUCUCGAAUCGCGUGGCUCAGCGGGGAGAAGUUUGCUUCAGGCUCAAUCGAGUUGCCCUAUCGACUUCGAAAACCUGAACUACACGGUGAUCACCAGCCAGUGCAAGGGGCCAAAGUACCCUGCCAAGCUCUGCUGCGCUGCUUUCAAGGAAUUCGCGUGCCCUUACGCUGAUCGGUUGAACGACGGCACGAAUGACUGCGCCACGACCAUGUUCAGUUAUAUUAACCUCUACGGGAAGUACCCUCCAGGCCUUUUUGCCAGUGAGUGUCGCGAAGGAGAUGAAGGUCUCGCUUGCGAUGCUCUUCCACCGGCUUCGGACAAUGCGGAUGCUCAAAGCUUAUUCUCCCUUCUUCAGCAAGACACAUCGAUGGUGAACAUGAAAAACCGGAUCUACCAGAUGCUUCUUCCGCGAGUAUCAUUCGUGGAGGUGGAGAGCUUGAGGAACCACGCAAUCUUUUUGGGAAAUAUACAGUCGAUAUGUUUACUGGUUGAGAAUACGGGAUGCAAAGAGAACUGCAUAUACUUCAAUCAACCUGGUGAUGAAAUUGCAUGGCCUGUGUUUGAUUUGGGGAGCAAAAGCAUCACUGAUGGUCCUGUUCUUAGCUCGAAGGCUGUUUUUAGGUCUCUUUUCUGA